UGGUGUGUUGUUUUGACGACCCUCCUCCUAUGCUUAGGAGGAACACGAGCCGCUUUCUUUGGGGACCGUAUGCAAGCAAUCAAAGAACUUUCAUGGUUGACUACGAUGCCGAUGAAAUCAGACAAGACAGGACCAAACAAUGGGUCAACAGACAUGCCUGAGGAACUCCAUCUGAUGCUCCAUACACUCGAGGAGACAAUGGAACUGAAGCUGACUCUCAGUCCAGUCAACACAGUCAACAUGCCUGUGUACAGCAUUAAGAACACUGGAGGCCACUAUACAUCAACAUAUACUGAGGCGAUAAACGAAAACUGUGGGUUAUACAGAAAUAUGAAAUACCAUGGAGCAUUUGUGUGUCGACUAGAUGAGGAUGGUCAGUUUGAUAUUAUGGGCACAAUGCUAAUUCGUGGACAUCAGUACCGCUUGUGGCCAGCAGAUACGAACAGUGCUGGCAAAGCACAUAUCCACGUUAUGAGAAGUAUAAAGGAAACUGAAGAAGGCGCAACAGAUUUCAUUAUAAGAAAUAACUCGAAGAUACUUAAUGAUGCGGACGCUGUCCCAAUCCCGCCUUUGGCAGGAACCACACAGACCUACACAGUGGAACUUGUGAUGCACACCGAUAACAGAGAUUACACAAACUUCCAACAAAAGUUUGGUAUAACGUCGGAAGCAGCAACGAUUGAUAUGAUGUCCCUUUGGUAUUCAACGAUUGCCGAAUUUGUUACAUUGACAUACGGAACAGUCGUUGAGGAUGAUCCAGAAAUAAACAUCAUUGUCAAGACUAUAGGUCUUAUUAUAGCAAGGGUAUGGUAUUGUGCAUGUAGUAUGUUUUCUAUUUUGAUUUGCGACUUUCUUUGUAAUAUAAGGUGACAAGAAUAAGAGUAAAUAUGAACAGAAUAUUAGCCCACGUUCAUGCGUUAAUAUGCUCAUUUAGAUAUUUAGCGCUCUGCAAAAGUGAGUAGUUGCUUACGACUUGAUAACGUGUCUUGGCAUCACAGAAGCAUAUAUUCAGUUCCAGUUGC